CGUUUAUAUAUUUCUUGUAAUAGUGUUAUUGUAUGAGUGAAAAACCAAAUGAGAACAUCAAAUUGGCGGAAUGUGAUAUUUCACCUUUUAAGUUAUGGUAAUUGGAUAGCGGGUGGAGGAAGUGAAUAUAUGUCAAUAUACGAAAGGAUGAAGACAGAUUUGAUUAAAGACAGGAAUCACAAUGGAAAUGGAGAGUGCUUAACUUUUCAGAUUAAUAUUGGACACAUGUGGAGCGACUGCAAUUCUUAUCACCAUUCGUUAUGUAUAAGCGAGGCGAUAGUGCAGAUUGCAAGUAAAAAUUUCACGACAUUUAUUGAAUGGAGGCAUUAUGUCCAAACGUGCUUUGAAAAUGGCUGUUUCCCAAUCACCUAUAAUGACACAAUGAGUUUAUCUAUAUCCCAGGCUUAUGGUCCAUCAUGGACAAACGUUAUACGUAGUGAUGUGAUCUACAAAUAUAAUGGUGAGAUGAUAUUUUGAUUGGUGAAAAGAUUUAUUAAUUGUUUUACCAAUGUCACAAUGUUGUAUCAGUUAAAAUAUAUAAAAUUUACAAAUAUCAAAUGGAGGUUAAAUUUAUUUUACGGCGACUUUCUCAGAUGUAUUUUUCUGACAGUCAAUAAGUUCAGUUAUUUAUUUCAAUUUAUAAUUGAAGUUUUUUUCUUAAGACAGUUCACGAU